AUGGCGCUGCGGUUUCAACUUAGGCGCUUCGCAACGGCCAUCACGUGUGCCGCGGGGCUCGGGUUUGGCCAGCACGUCGAUGAGGUCACCCCGGAGCACUUGUCAGCUAUCCUGCUGUACAUCAUGGCGAGCUCCGUUAUCUGGAGCCUCGGAGUGUGCGCCGCCAAAGCCUCCUUCGCCUGUUUCUACCUGCGCCUGAUUUCGGAUCGGCGCUGGGUCCUGGUUAAUCGCCUCGCCAUCGUAUGCUUGCUUUGCCAGGGCAUCGAGCAGUGCCUUUACGAAAUCCUACAGUGUAAACCAAUACACAAGGCUUGGACCCCGGGGGUAGAGGGCACCUGCAUCCCGCUGUGGUGGGGCGGCUUUGCUUUGAACUUGGGCCUCGACCUGAUCCUGUUCAUCGAACCGAUCCCGAUCGUGUGGAGCCUGCAGCUUAUCCCUGUCACCAAGAAGAUCGGCAUCAUUUUUAUGCUAUCGCUCAGGCUCUUGAUAUGCGGCAUUGCUAUAAUCCGCAUCGUCGAUGCCAACAAAACUGGACCGGACGUCACCUACGACCUCGCCGAGCCCAUCUUGUGGUCCCUAGCCGAGAUAGCGGCAUUGAUAAUAUGCCCCUGCGUCCCGAGCAUGCGACAAGCGGUGCUUUAUGCCCCUGGCUCAGCCGAGUGCUCGGACUAUCCACCAAUACUGGAGACGGUGACAGCCGCUAGCAGCCUGGCGGGCCGGGUGAAGAAGGGACCGAGGUUCGGGAAACCGGAAUCGACGGCAGCAGCAGCAGCGGCAGCAACCGAGGGCAGCGGCAACUCGACCAGCCGGUUUGUCUCCCGCCACCUGCGCGGCAUAGUCCAGUUUGGCACCGCCGAUAGGACUACUACAGCUGGCACCGCCACCGCGACUGCCGACCACGGCUGUGGCGGGGAUUUGGAGAGCGGCGCGGGCGGCGGCAUAAGCGGUGGCGAAGCUGCCAGUCCCAGCGACCAGCAGCAAGGACGGCCAAGCCCGCACGACGUGCCGGCGCAGCAUGACCCCGCGUCAGGGGGUACCAACGCUUCCCCAUCGACACCCGCCUCCGGCAGCGGUGGCGACGGCGGCGGCGACGCGACCGCGACGGCAACAACGGCAACAACGGCAACAACGACGAGAGUGGCGAGGGUACACGGCGGCGGGGCGGCUGGCCAGUCGCAGAUCCUGGUGACGCUCGAGAUCGACCACGACGUCGAGGAGGUCCGCGAGCAGAACCGCCAAGAGGAGCAGGCGCUCGCGGCCAGGCAAGGGCACAUCGUGCCCGAGGGGUGGGCGACCACGAGCCUGUCCGUGGGAACAGCCGCGUCUAGUAGGAGCGCGUCGCCUGCGAAGCGCUCGAGGAUCGGAGAUGGGGGUUAUCGCUGA